AUGAAGGCAUCUCUUAUCAACUCAGCGCUCUGCUUCGUAGGCUUAGCUUGGUCCCAUCCACCAGCUCCACAGCCGCAACCUCAGUCUUCUGGUUUGCAGCUCGGGUCCGACUGUAUCCCCCGCCACCUAGCGAACGAAUGGCUGCAGCGCUUCAUGGCAGUCAUCGGUCAGCAGCCUUCCGACCUAGGCGAUGCUAAGACGACCGCGAACCUGAUCCUGGCGGACAACUUCCAAGAGAAAUCCAACGGCAUUCUCCUCCUCGAAGGGCGUUCCCUCAGUGGCGAUGGCAUUGCCGAGUACAGCAAGCAAUCGUUCAUCAGCAACCUCUUCAAAUACCCUGCCUACACCGGUAUCAACACUAUCAAGGUUCUGCUCGACUGCGAUCAGCUCGUCUGGCACUGUACGUAUCGGCUGCUUGCGUAUUGCGCGUAUAUGCGACCGGAAACUGACGAUCAUGCUUUUCGCAGACUACUACACUGGCAUCGGAACCAAGCAAUAUCCAGUCAGAGGGUUCAAUAAUUGGAAGCUCCAGAGGGCCUAUGAUGGAUGUCCUUCCCAAAUCCAGGCUCUCGACAUGACGCUUGAGUUCGAUAGUCUGGCUUGGGCUCUGGACACCGGGUAUACUGCGUAUUUCCAGAACGGCACGAAGUACCCAUCUAUACCGUAUUCUUCGCCGGGACAGCAUUAG